CUCGCGGUCUUCGUACCUCGGGAGACCUCAACUGGAGACCCCCGGGAGCCUUUCUAGUCCGCGCUUGCCUUGUUUUUGUGCGGUAAGACUUUGGAACGCCGAGAGCAGAGUCGAGGCCGGAGCUCUGCCGUCAUCCGGGUGAAGAGGAGACCGAGGGAGCCAUGGGAGUGCAGAAGGAGGACGUGGAACAGUUCCUCAAAGGGAACCCGGCUUUUGCCAAAGAGUACUUUGCCAGAAAGAUGAACCAAAGCUCCAUGGCCCAGGUGUCGGCACUCCCGGACAAACAGGUGGACUUCAGCCGCUUCCAGGAGCUCAGCCAGGUGGAGGAGAGCCGGAUCAUGUACGAGCUGAUCACCGACAUGCAGGAGAACAUCAACAUGGAGAAGGUGGUCUUCAAGAUCCUGAAGAGGAUCAGCGCCCUGAUCCACGCCGACCGCUGCAGCCUGUUCAUGUACCGGCAGAGGAACGGCGUGGGCGAGCUGGCCACCCGCCUCUUCGACGUGCACACCCGGGCCCGGCUGGACGACUGCGUGGUGCCGCCCGAUUCCGAGGUGGUCUACCCGCUGGACCUGGGGAUCGUCGGCCAUGUGGCCCAGACCAAGAAGACUGUCAACGUCAAGGACGUCAAGGAGAACCAGCACUUCAGCUCCUUCGUGGACCACCUGACCGAUUACCAGACCAGCAGCCUUCUGGCCACGCCCAUCCUCAACGGCAAAGACCUGGUGGCCGUGGUCAUGGCGCUCAACAAGACCACCGCCCCCCACUUCACCCCCGAGGACCAGGACCUCUUCUCGAAGUACCUGAAGAUCGCCGCCUUGAACCUGAAGAUCUACCACCUGAGCUACCUGCACAACUGCGAGACGCGCAAAGGACAGUUGUUGCUGUGGUCGGCGAACAAAGUGUUCGAGGAGCUGACGGACAUGGAGCGUCAGUUCCACAAGGCCUUGUACACGGUGCGAGCGUACCUCAACUGCGAGCGCUACUCUGUGGGUUUACUGGACAUGACCAAGGAGAAGGAGUUCUUCGACGUGUGGCCAGUGUUGAUGGGGGAGCAGCCGCCCUACUCCGGGCCCCUCACACCUGACGGAAGGGAAGUGGUUUUCUACAAAAUCAUUGACUACAUUUUACACGGCAAGGAGGACAUCAAAGUCAUACCAAAUCCGGCAGCAGACCACUGGGCCUUGAGCAGCGGUCUUCCUACAUAUGUUGCAGAAAGCGGCUUUAUCUGCAACAUCAUGAACGCUGCAGCGGACGAGACGUUCACCUUCCAGACGGAGCCUCUGGACUCGAGCGGCUGGACCAUCAAGAACGUUCUCUCGCUGCCCAUCGUCAACAAGAGGGAGGAGAUAGUGGGCGUGGCCACCUUCUACAACCGCAAGGACGGAAAACCCUUUGACGAGCAGGACGAGCAGCUGAUGGAGGCCCUGACCCAGUUCUUGGGCUGGUCGGCCCUCAACACGGACACCUACGACAAGAUGAACAAGCUGGAGGACCGCAAGGACAUCGCCCAGGACAUGGUGCUCUACCACGUCAGGUGUCGCAACGACGAGAUUCAGAACAUCCUGAAGACCAGAGAAGUCUACGACUGUGAACCCUGCGAGUGCCAAGAAGAAGAGCUCUGGAGCAUCUUGAAAAAAGACCUGCCGCCUCUGAUCAAGAAGUUUGAGAUCUACGAGUUCCGCUUCUCGGACUUCAAGUGCACGGAGAUGGAGUUGGUCCAGUGCGGGAUCCAGAUGUACUACGAGGUCGGCGUGGUGAAGAAGUUCCAGAUCCCCCAGGAGGUCCUGGUCCGCUUCAUGUACUCGGUCAGCAAGGGCUACAGGAGGAUCACCUACCACAACUGGCGCCACGGCUUCAACGUGGGACAGACCAUGUUCACCCUGCUGACGACGGGGAUGCUGAAGAGGUACUACACCGACCUGGAGGUGAUGGCCAUGAUCACGGCCGGCUUCCUCCACGACAUCGACCACCGCGGUACCAACAACUUGUACCAGGUCAAGUCGGGCAACCCUCUGGCCAAACUGCACGGCUCCUCCAUCCUGGAACGACACCACCUGGAGUUCGGAAAGUUCCUCCUGUCUGACGAGACUCUCAACAUCUACCAGAACCUGAACCGGCGCCAGGUGGACCACGUGAUCCACCUCACCGACAUCGCCAUCAUCGCCACUGACCUGGCUCUUUAUUUCAAGAAGAGGACCAUGUUCCAGAAGAUCGUGGAUCUGUCUCAGACCUACGAGGAUGAGAAGAAGUGGGUGGACUUCCUGUCCCUGGAGACCACCAGGAAGGAGAUUGUCAUGGCCAUGAUGAUGACAGCGUGUGAUCUGUCCGCCAUCACUAAACCCUGGGAGGUACAAAGCAAGGUGGCCCUGUCGGUGGCAGCAGAGUUCUGGGAGCAGGGUGACCUGGAGAGAACUGUACUGGAACAACAACCCAUCCCCAUGAUGGACAGGACCAAAGCGGCGGAUCUCCCCAAACUUCAAUGCGGUUUCAUCGACUUUGUCUGCACCUUUGUCUACAAGGAGUUCUCGCGCUUCCACCCACAAAUCCAACCCAUGCUGGAUGGCAUCCUGAACAACAGGAAGGAGUGGAACGCCAAGAAGGAAGAGUACGAGGCUAAGGUGAAAGCCAUGGAAGACCAGAAGGCUGCCAGGCAGGGGGCCGCCGCCGGCAAAGCAGAUAAAAGUGGCGAUGGCGCCUCCAAGACCUGCUCGCUGUGCUGAAACACCUGCUGCUCUUCACCAAGCACACAUCUUUGAUCUAGUCUAUUUAUUGGUGUACUCUUGUCUGCUCCUGCUUUUUCUCACUACUGAUGCUAUAUUUAGAUAUUACUAUGUACUUCGCUAGAUUCAGCAUCCCUUCAUACUCAGGGUGCAUAUAUUUACACAAAUAUAUAGCUAUAUGUAUGUACAUAUAUACAGUAUGUGUGUAUAUAUAUAUAUA